AUGUUUCCCAGCUCCCAGCUGACUAAAGCCCUCAAGACAGGUAAGCUAAGUCUUACAGCUGAUCAACUCAAGGGUUCAGGCUCUGUUAUCCAUCUCCACCCAGCUUUCGAUCCAUUUGGAGUCAAAUCAGGGUUAUCGACAGCAUUCAAAUUCGUAAAAGAUAGUGAUUUGCUGAGCAAGGGUCUGGAUGCGGCAGUGCCUGCUAUUGCUACAGCGUUUGGAGCCCCUCAAGCAGGAAUCCCCGCAAGGGCGGCUAUUAAGUCAUUGACAGGAGUUGGAGUAUAUGACUCUGACAGCGAUACCCCUGAGAAAGAAGGUGGUCGUAUUUCGGUAGCGGAUGUUAAGAAGGCGGCAAAAAAUGCUCUCGGGCAUGCUAAACGUAAGGGGAUUCUAACUGAUGCAGUCAAUGCAGGCGAGAAGUUUCUACUAUCAAAAGCAACCAAGCCAGAGCAUGAGAACCUGAUCAAAUCGGUUCGAGGUGAGGUAAAGAGACGCUAUGGUGCUCAGAUGGCUGCACUCCGUGCUAAACGUAAGAAAGCAAUGAUUGCUGGCUCUUUUCGAUUAAAUUAG